ACACCGUCAUUUUUCACACAGGAGCUAGAUAGACUUUGUUCCCUCUGCACUGUAUUUUUAAAAUUUUUUCUAUCAAAAACAUUUCAUAAUCGAAAAGUUUUCUAAAGGAUAAAACCGCAUGUCACAGAUUAAUCCCAACAUUAUGUGAAGGAAGCCAGACACCAAAGGCCACACAUUGUAUUUGAAAUGUCCAGGAAAGGCAGGACUGUAGAGACAGCAGAUGGGUUGUUGCCCGAGGGGUGAGGGCAUGCCCCGCAGCGGGCCGCAGUGGCAAGCACGCCUGCACACCUGUGCUCCCGCAUCACCCCGCACCACACACGGGGAAGUGUGCACACUCCUUCCAGGGACAGCGAGAGGAGCCCCUGCUCUGUCAACGCUCCGAAGGUGCUCCGGGUGCUGGCAGAAGCCAGCAGACUCCUUUGCUGAGGAGCUGGUGCCUGUCCAGACGCGGAAGAAAACUGACACCUCCCACGUGGGGGACAGAAGGGUCCUCUCAUUGGUGCCACCUGCAGAGAUAGACGAGGAGCGCCUGGCCGUCAGAGGACGCCCCUGACAGUGACACAAUGACCACUAUAAAAGUCAGGCGGGCUGAGGAGGAGACAAAGGCCAGGACGCUCGGCAGCUGUGGGGUAAGAGAAGCCGCCUCCUGCGAUGGAGAAAUUUAAGGCUGCGAUGUUGCUGGGGAGCGUCGGCGAUGCUCUUGGCUACAGAAAUGUCUGCAAGGAGAACAGCACUGUAGGCAUGAAGAUCCAGGAGGAGCUGCAACGUUCCGGGGGCCUGGACCACCUCGUACUCUCGCCAGCAGAAUGGCCCGUGAGUGACAACACCAUCAUGCACAUCGCAACCGCCGAGGCCCUCACCACAGACUACUGGUGCCUGGAUGAUCUGUAUCGGGAGAUGGUGAGGUGCUAUGUGGAAAUUGUUGAGAAGCUUCCAGAACGCCGGCCAGACCCAGCUACCAUUGAAGGCUGUGCUCAGCUGAAGCCCAAUAACUACCUCCUCGCCUGGCACACGCCAUUCAACGAAAAAGGCUCAGGGUUUGGAGCAGCCACCAAGGCCAUGUGCAUCGGCCUGCGGUACUGGAAGCCUGAGCGGCUGGAGACCCUCAUCGAGGUCAGCGUGGAGUGCGGCCGGAUGACCCACAACCAUCCCACAGGCUUCCUGGGCUCCCUGUGCACGGCCCUGUUUGUGUCGUUCGCUGCACAAGGAAGGCCGCUGGUCCAGUGGGGGAGAGACAUGCUGCGGGCGGUGCCGCUGGCAGAAGAAUACUGCAGAAAGACCAUCCGGCACACGGCAGAAUACCAGGAGCACUGGUUUUACUUUGAAGCUAAAUGGCAAUUUUAUUUGGAGGAGAGGAAAAUCAGUAAAGACUCAGAAAGCAAAGCCAUCUUCCCCGACAAUUAUGACGCAGAAGAGAGGGAAAAGACCUACAGGAAAUGGAGCUCAGAAGGUCGAGGGGGAAGACGAGGCCAUGACGCCCCCAUGAUAGCCUAUGACGCCCUCCUUGCAGCAGGAAACAGCUGGACUGAGCUGUGUCACCGGGCCAUGUUUCAUGGAGGGGAGAGCGCGGCCACAGGCACCAUUGCAGGCUGCCUGUUCGGGUUGCUGUAUGGCCUGGACCUCGUUCCCAAAGGCUUGUACCAGGACCUGGAGGACAAGGAGAAGCUGGAGGACCUGGGCGCGGCUCUCUACCGCCUGUCCACAGAGGAGAACUGGAAGAGCAGCAAGACCUGCAGUGACGUCAUGUCUGUGGACGCCCAAACCCUAAAGAAGAAGAUGGGCAAGCUGGCCUGUGACCCGGCCGCCCACUCCAUCCUCAGCAGCCUGCUGCUCUAUGUCACGGGCUACGCAGACCGGCCCCUGGGGACAGAGGCCGGGGAGAGCAGGCCCAGCCACCAGCCCCAGACCCAGGAGGCCACCCAGCGGCCCACGCGCUUCCAGCUCCUGCAGGCCAAGUUCCUGGGCACUGGCCGGGAGCGCUACCUCAAGAGGACCCGGGAGGUGGGCCGGCUGAUCUCCAAGGACAAGCAGGGGCUGGGUGGGGGCCUCGUGGGUGCCACCAUCAACAAGCUCCUGGAGAAGACCAAGGAGCCGGCCCCAAAGCCCUGCCUCAGCGAGAAGCCCCGCUGGGGCCACCCGGCUGGGAAGAGCACCGUGAAAAACGUCCUGAAGAUAUUCUUGGCCGCCGAGGAGAAGGAGGCGAAGGAGAAAGAAGUGCGCGAGAAGCCCCCUGCAGAGCGGCCCAAAGCCGCCAGGGGCCUCUUGCCGAAGAUCAUGGGCAAGAGCUCGGUGCUGUCCAAGCUGCGGGAGAAGUUCGAGCAGAACAGCUGCCUGUGCUCCGAGGCCAGUGCGCUGAGGCUGCACACGCAGGAGAGGAAGAAGAGGAACCUGCAGAGGAAGAGGAUGCACCGGCCAGAGGUACGCGUGCUGCACACGGCCACCAUGGCCAGCACCUGCGUCAGGAUGCCCCCUGUCCGCUUUCUAGCCUGCACGGCUGAGCCCCUACCGGCCCUCAGCAUCGCCACCAUCGUCUGUGGCCCCAGGAGCUGGCUGUCCCACUGCACCAAAAUCAGCCACUUGGAGGCAAGGCGUCCACCCAGAGGAGAAGCCAGCGUGUGCCCUAGUGCCAGGGAGAUGGGGCCCAGUGGGAACAAAGCAGUGGGAAAGGGGCCUUUGGAGGAGGAGCCCCAAAGACAGCCAAGGCCCUCGAAGCCCGUGACACCCCAGGUGAUGGCUCAGAGGGACGGCCAUGCUGUCCCCUCGCUGGCCCCCUCUUGUGCUCCCUGCACAGGUGGAGUCCUUCCUGGCCUUGUGCCUGCAUCAUCCCCACUGGGACCGGCCAGCCCGUGGGGCACCAGAUCAGCCAGAGGUGACGGAACGGCAGACCCCACCGCAGAGAGCACCGCAGGAGGUGUCCAGGAGGUGAGGGGAGCCAGACUCACGUGGUCUCCUGGGCCCCCAGGCGAGAGUGCAGGGGACGGCCCUGAAAUCACCAUGACUGUUUGCAGUUCAGAGGAUGAAAGGGAAGAUGUAGGCUUCCCAGACCCAGGGAGAGACCCCCUCUUUGCCACCCAGAAGUAUUUCGCAGAACAGAAAGUGCCGGAGCACAUCCCACCCCUGAACGCUCAAUCGGUCCAGGCUGCUCGGAGAACACAGCCUGCCACGGAGCCUCCACAGAUAACUGUCCAAAUCCCAGUUGUCCAUGAAAUGCCAGCCCCUCCCACCAGGCUGCAAAAUACGUCAAGUGGUGAAAACAAACCUUCUUGUAUUUUCGGAGGAGAGAAUGUGGUUGAAAAUGCACACACGGAAUUUCCCACUGUGACUGAGAACAGAAGGGGUCACCGAGCCCCAGUGGAACUGAGCAAGCUUUCAGGGAUGCAGGCAGGACUCGGGGCCUCUUCACCGCAGGGGCCACGAGCAGCUCCGCAUCCUGCAGCAGCAAGAGGGGCUGUGGGUGCUGACCACAGUGUCCCAGAGACACUUCUGACACAGAGACUCCAGACAGAUCCUGCUGGCAGGAAGGAAAACAAAGGCAGCUUUGAGAAUUCACACGGUCCCAGGAAUCCUGACGAUAUUUCAGGAGAGAGGAACUCUGAGUUCAGAGAUGAGAAGCAUCCGUUGCCGGAAUCUAAUGAAAUAUCAACGCAGAACAAGGGCUCUGCAACAAAUUAUCCUGCAGCCUCACAAAACCUUCUGAGGGGAAACACCAGCCAUGCCUCCAGCAGCCAGCAGGUGCCGUCCCCCACCGGGAGAAAGCCAACAGGAGCCCCCACGUCGCUGGCGGCAUCAUCCAAGGGGCGUACGGGGCCUGAGGGUGUCACCCCGAUGGGCACGACUGUGCCCGGCACGCUGGAGGAAUGCAGAAGGCCGCCGCUGAUAGAGUCUUCUCAGCCCCUGAAGGCUGCCAACGAAAUCACCAGCCAUGAUGUUCGCAAGAACCCACUGUCCUCAUUAAAUGAACAACCCAAACCAGGUAUGAAAGCCUGUGGGGCGAUGGCAGCUGCAGGGAGCGUUGCGAGCCGCACCACACCUGCACCAGCGCCAGGCAGCACCCAGAGCCCUGGAGACCGCACAGCGGGAGAGCCAGAGACGCGGGGCCAGGGGGGAAGCAGAGCCGUGUCCGAAAGCCAUCCCAGAGGCGAGGCUCUCCCUCAAGACCCUCAUAGCCACGGCCUCCUGGCCCCCCGGGGAUCCUCAGAGCCCAAGAGUGGAGCAGCAGGGAGUAGCCUCCUGAGAGGCGUGGCCCUUGUCCAGCACCCAGAGGACAUUGCGGCCCUCGCCCGGCACCCAGAGGGCAUUGCGGCCCUCGCCCGGCACCCAGAGGGCAUUGCGGCCCUCGCCCGGCACCCAGAGGACAUUGCGGCCCUCGCCCGGCACCCAGAGGCGCCCCAAUUACACAUUUCAAACACGUUGGCAGCCAGCAGACAUACGGCAGCUGUGGGAGGCAGAAAAGAUGUGGCUGUGGAAGGAAACCUUUUGGGUUUCAGCACAAAGUCUGGCAUUCCUGCUUCUGAUCAUUCUACGCCACAGGCAAGGAGCGUAGCAGAGUCCCCCAGCUAUGGCCCUGGACUCCCGCCGUCGCCUCCUGAGAACCCACAGGCAAAGGGCAGGGAGGGCAUCAGGUCUCCCUGUGGGGCGGAGCCUGACCAUCUGCUUCCCGCGGUGCCUCCCGCGGAGGUGGACAUGGGGUGGGUAGGUGGCACCCACCAGCGGGGCCCUCCCCAUCUACAGGCACACCUGCCCCCUACUGCUGGUGACACACAGGCAAAGCUCCGGGCUAGUGUCCCCGAGCCUAGGACACAGGCAGGUGAAUCCCAGGAGCGUCCCCUGACACAGGCGGACCUGGGGAGGCAACAGAGUCACCAGGCACAGGAGGAGACCCCCCAGCCCGGGGGUGUGGGGAAGAGGGUGGCGCCGUUGGGCCCGAAGGUUGUGCUGAACCCAGCAAAAGAGCCUCAGACACGGUGGGCACAGGAUCUGGCCGGGGACAAAGGGAUGGCCAUUGGGGUUGGGGGUGCCUGCCAGUGCAGUGACCAAGGUCAGCAGCAUCUGCAGGGACCCUGGGAGGAGCAGGGGAGGAGCACGGCGUGGGGAGAGGGCACCAGGGCUGCCAAGAACCCAGCUGUGCCUCCAGGGGACCCUAAGGGGCUGGGAAGCCCGGCGGCCCAGGGACAGGCCCCGAAACAGUUUCAGAAAUGGGCCCAGGGACAGGUUCAGGGACACGUUGAAGAACAGGCCCAGUGGCAGGCCCAGAUAGAGGCCCAGGGGCAGGCACAGGAGCAGGCUCAGGGCGGGACCCAGGGACAGGUUCAGAGACAGGCCCCGAAACAGGUUCAGAAAUGGGCCCAGGGACAGGUUCAGGGACACGCUCAAGAACAGGCCCAGUGGCAGGCCCAGAUAGAGGCCCAGGGGCAGGCACAGGAACAGGCUCAGGGCGGGACCCAGGGACAGGUUCAGGGACAGGCCCAGAAAUGGGCUCAGGGGCAGAUUCAGGGACACGCCCAGAAACAAGGACAGGUUCAGAAAUGGGCCCAGGAAGAGGCUCAGGGACAGGCCCAGUGGCAGACCCAGUGGCAGACCCAGAUAAAGGCCCAGAAACGGGCUCAGGAACAGACCCAGAAAGGGGCUCAGGAACGGGCUCAGGGUCAGGCCCAGAUAGAGGCCCAGGGUCAGGCCCAGAUAGAGGCCCAGGGUCAGGCCCAGACAGAGGCUCAGGGUCAGGCCCAGACAGAGGCUCAGGGUCAGGCCCAGAUAGAGGCUCAGGGUCAGGCCCAGAUAGAGGCUCAGGGUCAGGUUCAGAUAGAGGCUCAGGGUCAGGCCCAGAUAGAGGCUCAGGGUCAGGCCCAGAUAGAGGCUCAGGGUCAGGCCCAGAAAGGAGCUCAGGAACGGGCUUGGGAUCAGGGUCGGGAACAGGCGUUGACAAGUGGGAUGGCGCCUCGGGCCUGGGAGCAGCCCAUUAGUGGCACAGCUGAGGGAGUGGAUGCUGCUGGCAGGAGUGGGGGGUCCAGAAGCCCAGCCCCCAGGGAUGGUGGACAGUCGGGGGGCAGUGGCCUGGGGGAGCCCAGCGCCGGGCACCCACCGCCAGGAAGCCGCCCCUUCAGGGGCAAGAGUGUUGCCACCUCUCCCCUGGGGCUGGGAAAGAGCCCAGCUGAACCCACGCCCGAGUCUGGGGGCUGCGGGACUCCCCAGGCCCCAGCCCAGGAGGGGCCCCCAGACCACCCUGGGGCUGAGAGGGCCCCGCAGGACAGGAUGGAGGCAUCGGAGCCUGAGUGUCGUGGGAGGUCCAGGCGCCUGGCCAAGUACAAAGCCCAGAGCUUCCGUGACCAGAGGGCCUUCGAUUUGUCCUUCAGACCAAUGAGUGUCAGGGCCAGCGACACGUCUGAGCUCCCAAAGUGAGGCCCUGAGUCCACACCGUGGCUCGCCCAGCACUGUGACAUUCGCCCAUCGAGGGACUUCAGGCAUUUUCCUGCCUCCAAAUGCGUCUUGGAGCAUCCCCUACAGAGACGCCUGUUUCCAUAAUUUUCUUUCCCUUCUUCACAAGCUGACCUUGGGAGGAUUGAGCUACAUGUGGAUCAGGUCCCUGUCACCCCACAGAGCCAAGAGGCCAUGGGGGUGGGAGGUGCGGGCCUGUGGCCUCACCAGCCCCUCGGGAUUCUUUGUGUCUUCACUCGAGGGCGCCGGCUCACCUCUCUCUCACACAGCCUGCAGCGUGGAGCUCACACCUCCCACAUGGCACGGUGUGUGUGUCUCCUUGGAUCUGCAGGAUGCUGGCACUUUGGGACGCCUCCCCAGCUCUCAUAGGGCCACCUCCCACUGCUCCCUGCCCGCACCCCGCCAUGCCCUGUUCUGACGUGGCUGCAUGGCACCCACCAUCCAUGGGCCCAAAGUGAUGCACAUCGCCCCACCCCCAUGUCUCGAAAGAAAGGGCAGAGCUUCCUCCAGCCUCAGACGCCCAGGCGGGUGCCGGGUGCUGUGUGGCUGCUGGGCCAUGUGGUGGUCACCAGAGGGUGUGGGGGCGCUGGGAUCCCAGGCCAGAACCAGCUCAUCCGGAGGAAGAGGCCUCAGGAAAUGCUCACGUUAAGUUCUGAGAAAGGGACAGUGCGGAGCCCUGGGAAGCCAGGAUCCCAAGGAAGCUUCGUCUGGAAACUGGGUGCUGGGAGAAUGAAUGGGAGCCCGCCCGCCCUUCCCUGCAGUCCCUGUGGGUGGCGCCACUGGUGCCGGUGACCUGAGAGCCUCGCUCUCUGUCCUCCAUCCUCCUGAACAGCAUAGAAGGGUUUCCUGUCCUGGCCUGAGGCGGCCCACGACUCCGGCCUUGUUCAGGUACUGAGGUAGUGCAUUUUCAGGCUGGAGUAUUUGAAUGCUGUCUAGAGGCACAAGAAGGAAAUCAAAGCCACCUGUGGUCACAUUGCCUCGAGAUGGUUUUUGUUGCUACUCUGGACUAUUUUUUAGGCUCUUCCUCCAUGCAUCUAUUUUAAAGCACAUUCUUCCCCAUGAUGGAGCCAUGCACCUCCGUGUCGCGAUCCAUCAUCCCAGGCCACUCGGUGGCCUCUGAAACCCUGACCCGUGAGGCCACAUGGCUGCCUGAGUGGCCCCGGAGCAGCUGGAUUUUUAGCGUGAACUGAUGCAGCCUGUCGCUCUACGGCCCUGCACCCUCGUUUUUGGUGGUGCCCUCCCUGUGGAAAGUUAAUUCCUGCUUUUUGAAGGUGUCUUGGCAUCUUCUGCCUUUGCUACUGAGCAGUUUCCUGAAACAGCCCUACGCGUUCGCAAAGGCGCUUUGGUGUCUGCUGCGAGCACCUCUGUUUUCUGACUCGAUGUUCCUUUAGAGGAAGGCGUUUUCCAGUGUCGGGUCUGAGAGGGCAUUUAGCAGGCGCGUCCUACCCGUGGCAAGGCUGGGGUCUCCCCUACUAGGGAAGGCCCACCCCGGCAGACACCAGUGGCUUUGGCUCUGCAGCGCCAAGGAGGCGGCAUGACGUCAUGCUCCAGGGAGCAUACAGGUUUCCUUCCAGUUGAACAAUUAACUUCAGAUCCAGCAGGUUUGACCCACCCUCACCUGCUAGGACAUGCGAGUGCUGCUGUCUGGAAGCAGGGCCGGGCUGUGCUGAGCUCUGAGGGGCCGGUCCCCACAGCUCCCCUCACAGGGCACCCGGAGCCUCCUCUAUAAAUCAGGGGUCCAUGCUCCCAGCCCACUUUGAGGGGUUUCUGCUUGGUGCGUGGGUUCUACGUGUGAGUUGCUGUGUGUGGAGGCUCCUGAGUGCCGGGUGCCCCUGCGUGUGUGGGUCCCAGGGCAGCCCAGCUGCACACAGGACGGUCCGGGGGUCUGGGUGGGGGCAGAGUUGAGCAUGGCAUGUACUUGGCCACAGAAGUCUUGCUGUGGUGCCGCUGGACCCCUGCUAGGAGGACAGGGUCCCCUCUCUCAUGAAGCACAUGGACCUCCAGAGUCCCUGCCCCUGCAGUCUUGGGAGCCUGCAGUUGGGGCUGAAGUUGGCCUCUCGGAGCCACCCAACCGGAGAGGCCCAUGAGAGAGGAGCUCAGGGGUCCAGCAGAGGCUGACAGAGUGGCCUCUUUGUCCUGCUGGCGGCCCCUGCUCAUGCCUGGGGCGUCCUCCCUGGAGCUGGGGGAGCUCAGGGACCCCCAGGUUUGUGUGGCUACCCUUGCCACUCCAGGCACAGUGGUGCAGCCCUCACUCUUUACCUAUUUGGAAUUUGAGGCAAUGAGUGGCAAGAACGUGAUGACGGACACAGGAGGUAAAAAUAUGUUCACUGGCUGUUCCCUUUAGAAAUAAGAAGUGGUGGGACUUGCGUUGCUAUUUUUAAAUAGACCAGAGAGUGCACUGGAGAAGGCAUUGAGUGGUUUUAUUUUAAGUGGUGGAAAAAAAAUGAUGAGAAUCUCCUCCAGAUGACAGCUCUGGAAGUGUCGUGCCUGAACCCCUCUCAAGUCUGGCGGGCACAGAGUCUGUGAGCGGCCAGGAGGCCACCUGCUCAACUGUCCUGUCCUCUCAGUGUGCCAGAUGCAGCCCAGCGUGACACUGCCCUCAGCUCAAAAUCACCACAGCUACUCUGUGUGCAGGAAAAAACUGCCAGUGACUUCAUGAGGAUUUGAGAGCGGUCCGUACAUUCACACUAAGCUGAGACAGGGCAGGUUAGAAGAUAGCGCGGGGAAAUACUCACACUGCAGAUACGACCAUCACUUCCACAUGGCUAAGGCCCACACCCUCCCGGGGUGAAAUUACUAUAGCAGAAGAAUGGUGUGCUAACCACCCCCGCGGGCAUUUUAAAUAAAACCCAAAGUUUUUGUUUUUUUGUUUUUUUGUUUUUUAAAAAAAAAAAAGAAAAGAAAGAAGCUGGGCGCGGUGGCUCACGCCUGUAAUCCCAGCAUUUUGGGAGGCCGAGGCAGGCGGAUCACGAGGUCAGGAGAUCAAGACCAUCCUGGCUAACACAGUGAAACCCCGUCUCUACUAAAAAUACAAAAAUUAGCCAGGCGUGGUGGUGUGCACCUGUAGUCCCAGCUACUCGGGAGCCUGAGGCAGGAGAAUGGCGUGAACCCAGGAGGUGGAGCUUGCAGUGAGCCGAGAUUGCGCCACACUACAGCCUGGGUGACAGAGCGAGACUCUGUCAAAAAAAAAAAAAAAAAAGAAAACAGGAUAUUUAUUUUAGCUUCUUAGUUAACAUCACUAAUUUUGUGUAUUUGAGCGACUCGUUGACUGCCUCCUCCCUGCAGUUUUUUACGGUUCCUCCGGCUGUUGACAGGCCCGCUGUGAGCCGCAGGUCUGUGGGUGCAAGUGACAACAGCCGGCCGGGAGGCGGUGCGCUCAGGCGGCGGGAAGGUCCCGAGACGGCUACGAGAAUGUUCAGGACACUCGCUCAGGGAGGGUCGUUGUCUAGGAUUUUACAAGCUCAGCACCACCUCCUUAUUCUGUUCUCAGGGUAUCUCUGCUGUUGAAGUUACGGUCUUUCGGUUAUGUAUUAGGCUACAGCUAUUUAUUAAAUUUUUUCUUGUUCGUAUUCUUCUUUGUAUAUAAACAACCCUAAAAUGGGUUAGUCAGAAAAAACUACUAAAUGUCAUUUGUUGUAUUCUCUCUGUAUUUUUACUAACAUCAUUCAGCUGGAAAUAAUUUCAAAAAGAAAUAAAAUACC